AUGGCGGCUUUCAAAGGACUUCCGCGUGACUCCCGCGGAUCCCUCGAAGUCUUCAAUCCAGACUCCGCUGCCGCCGCUUCAAAUCGGGCGACCACCUCCCCAUUCCUCCUCCCUCCUGCAGUUGCUUCCCAUCCUAGCCUCACCGGGGAUGAUGAGGAUGCUGACGUGGGUCGGGCGACACAGAGGGCCGCCGAGUGGGGCCUUGUCCUCCAGACCGACGAGCACACCGGCCGUCCCCAGGGCGUCGUCGCCCGCCCCUCCGGUGGCUCCAACCGCACCAGCGAGAGUGGAAACUCCAUCGACGAGAGGGUCGCCGCUGGUAGAGCACUCCCCCGAGUGUCGGAGGAGCUCCGCGCCGCACUCUCUGCGUUCCAACAGACCUUCGUCGUGUCCGAUGCCACCCGCCCUGACCACCCCAUCCUCUACGCCAGUGCUGGAUUCUUCAACAUGACUGGUUACUCCUCCAAUGAGGUCGUCGGAAGGAACUGCCGCUUCCUUCAAGGUUCUGGGACCGACCCCGUAGAGAUUUCGAAGAUCAGGCAGGCUCUCGCAGCUGGGUCAAAUUACUGUGGUCGUAUUCUCAACUACAAGAAGGAUGGUACACCAUUCUGGAACCUCCUAACCGUUGCCCCCAUCAAGGAUGAGGAUGGCAGGGUCCUCAAGUUCAUUGGGAUGCAAGUGGAAGUGAGUAAGUACACAGAAGGUAGCAAGGAUACAGCUCUUCGCCCAAAUGGAUUGCCAGAGUCACUCAUCAAAUAUGAUGCAAGACAGAAGGAUCAUGCCCGUAGCUCAGUCUCGGAGCUUCUACUUGCCCUGAAGGAUCCACGGUCAUUGUCAGAAUCAAGAAACAAUACCUUAAAAAGGAAAUCACAGGAAUCAGGAGAUGUGCUUUCAGGUGAUGAAGUAGCCGGCAAGAGAAGCUCCGAAAGUGGAUCCCGCCGUAACUCACGGAGUGGAACGAGAAACUCUCUACAAAAAAUUAGUGAAGUGCCUGAAGGAGGGAAUAAGACCAGGAAAUCUGGUUUGCGUUCCUUUAUGGGUCUUAUUGGUAUGGGUCAUGGAAAUGUGGAGAAGAACAUUCUAAAACCAAGGGAAGAUACGCUACUUGAUAGCGAUGAUGAGAGACCAGAAAGCUUUGAUGAUGAUUUUAGGAGGAAAGAAAUGAGAAGGGGUAUAGAUUUGGCUACUACGCUUGAACGUAUUGAAAAGAAUUUUGUCAUCACUGACCCGAGGUUACCGGAUAAUCCAAUUAUUUUUGCAUCGGAUAGCUUUUUACGACUAACAGAGUAUUCACGCGAAGAAAUAUUGGGAAGAAAUUGCAGGUUUCUUCAAGGGCCUGAAACUGACCGUGGGACAGUAAAGAAGAUAAGAGAUGCCAUAGAUAACCAAAGAGAAGUUACCAUUCAGCUGAUAAAUUAUACAAAGAGUGGUAAAAAAUUCUGGAACCUCUUUCACUUGCAACCUAUGCGUGAUCAGAAGGGUGAUGUUCAAUACUUCAUUGGGGUUCAGUUGGAUGGAACUGAGCGUGUUCGAGAUGCUGCUGCAAAAGAUGGUGCCAUGCUGGUUAAGAAAACUGCGGACAAUAUUGAUGAGGCUGCAAAGGAACUUCCGGAUGCUAAUUUGAGACCAGAGGAUCUAUGGGCUAAUCACUCAAAACUAGUCUUGCCAAAGCCACAUAUGAAGGAUACCGCAUCAUGGAGAGCCAUCCAAAAGGUUCUUGAGAAUGGUGAAAGCAUCGAUUUGAAACAUUUUAGACCAGUAAGACCCUUAGGAUCUGGUGACACUGGCAGUGUCCACUUGGUGGAGUUGCUUGGCACAGGUGAAUACUUUGCCAUGAAAGCUAUGGAUAAAAGUGUCAUGCUUAACCGAAACAAGGUCCAUAGAGCUACCGCUGAACGACAAAUCUUGGAUAUGUUGGACCACCCAUUCCUUCCGACAUUGUAUGCAUCAUUUCAGACAAAUACACAUGUAUGUCUUAUUACCGACUAUUAUGCUGGCGGGGAACUCUUUAUGCUCCUCGAUAGACAACCUAUGAAGGUACUGAAGGAAGACGCGGUUAGGUUCUAUGCUGCAGAAGUGGUCACGGCACUUGAAUACCUACAUUGCCAAGGUAUAAUCUACAGAGACUUAAAGCCAGAGAACAUUUUACUUCAAAGAGAUGGGCACAUUUCCCUGACAGACUUUGAUUUGUCUUGCUUGACAUCCUGCCGACCACAAGUGUUUCUUCCAGAAGAUGAUAAGAAGAAAAAGAGGAGGAAGAGCAGGAGCAAUCCCAUAUUCUUUGCUGAACCAAUGCGAGCAUCAAAUUCUUUUGUUGGUACAGAGGAGUACAUUGCACCAGAGAUUAUUACCGGAGCCGGCCAUACAAGUGUUGUAGAUUGGUGGGCGCUAGGAAUUCUUCUAUAUGAGAUGUUGUAUGGUUAUACACCGUUUAGAGGAAAGGCAAGACAAAGGACCUUUGCUAAUAUUCUGCACAAGGAUAUCAGAUUUCCUGAGAGCAUACAGGUGAGCCUUGCGGCAAGAAGGUUGAUAUACCGAUUGCUACACCGGGACCCUGCAAAUAGGCUAGGUUCCUACAAGGGCGCCAUGGAGAUCAAACAACACCCAUUCUUCCGUGGCAUAAACUGGGCUCUAGUUCGUGCCGCCACACCCCCAGAAUUAGAGGCUCCCCUGCAAGAUAUAUUAUUGGAGGCCACAGGAGAGACACUGCCUCCUCCUGAUGCAGCUCACACCGAUAUGUUCUAA